GUUUUAAAGACAUGUGGUCCGAAUUUCUGGUCAUUUAUUGUGUAUUCCAAAAUGUGAUGUCGAUUCAUAGUGAAUUUGACGAAAUAUUUGCGUGGAAACAAAUCAAUUAUUCAAAUCUACCAGCGGAUAAGUUAUCAAAUCCCGAUUAUUAUGUGGCAAAGAAUAAUAUUCCAUUCGGCAUGGCACGUCACGGAGACUGGCUUUAUGUCGGGUUUCCGCGCAGAAGAACUGGCGUACCAUCGACAUUAAAUAGGAUUCAAAUUUCGUCAGCGUCCAUUGAUAGAUCCCCUCCAUUUGAAGCAUAUCCAAACUACGAUUUGAAUGAUAUAGUUUCUACUGACCGAUCAAAUGAUAAGCGUAUCGUAUCGGUUUAUCGGCCAGCAGUUGACGCUUGUGGUCGUCUUUGGGUCGUUGAUACCGGUGUUUUGGAGUAUCCUACUGGGCGAGUGAUUGUACAGCCAGCUUCAAUAUGGAUCUUCAACUUAACCACAAACGAUUUGAUUCGUCGCUUUGAAAUCCCCCAAUCAAUGAUUCCGAGUGGAAACGGAAUGACCAGCAUCACUGUGGACGUUGAGACUUGUGACAAAACGUUUGCCUACAUAAACGAUCUCUUCUCGUACAGCCUCGUGGUUUAUAGUUUUGAGUCGAAUUCAGCUUGGAGAUUUUUGCACAAUUUUUUCCACUUGGAUCCGCUGUACGGUACAUUCGACAUAUCGAACAUAAAAUUUAUGUGGAGAGAUGGCAUUUUUUCGAUUGCAUUGGGCGCUAGGCUGUCGAAUGGGUACAGAAUGGCAUACUUUCAUUCGUCAACCAGUCUAAACGAGUUCAGUGUAUCCACACAAGUGAUAAGGAAUCAAUCGUUAUCGACUCGAAUCUACCAUAAUGACGAUUUCAAGCUGUAUGGACAAUACGAAAAGGGAUUCCAAUCCAACAUUCAUGUGAUUGAUGACCGUACUGGUGUGGCGUUCUUGAAUCUAUUUCAACAAUAUGGCGUUGGCUGUUUUAAUAUCAACCGACAUUCGAGUAGAACCAUACGAACGAAUGUUGUACAAUGUAAUCGAAAUGAAAUGGUCUAUCCAUCCCAUUUGAAUAUCGAUGGAACUCGAAAUCUGUGGUUGUUAACGAACAAUGUACCGAGAUUUUUCUAUAGCAGCUUGAAUGACACGGAAUACAAUUUUCGAAUUUGGAGGAUAGCCGUUGACGAUGCCAUAUGCAUAGGUAAUUGCUUACAGGUAUGAAAUGGAGGUGCAACAUGAAACGAACUUAACGUGAUGAUCUUUCAAUUCGAUAAUUUCCAAAUAAAUUCUAUU